GUUAUUCCCUAUCGCAGAAAUAACAAGUUCACCGGCCGUGAAAAUCUUAUUGAGUCGGUAAAGAGGCUCGCCCAUAGAGAUGGCCACAAUCGGAUUGCACUUCAUGGACUAGGUGGCUCUGGGUAUGUGUUUAUCGAUUUGUAAUAAGAAAGCUUUACUAACAUUGCGUAGAAAAACACAGAUUGCCCUCGAAUAUGUUUUCCAGCGCGGGAGCGAGAGCGACUGUCAUGUUUUCUGGGUGCAGGGAAGUGGGAUCUCGAAAUUCAGCGAUGGCUUCAGGGCUAUUGCGCAGCAUGUCGGGAUUCCUAGGGCCAGCGGCGAGACAGAUGAGGAGAAUUUACUAUGGAGCGUAAAGAGGUGGUUUGAAUACCCGGAUAGUGGUAAUUGGAUUCUGGUCAUUGACAACGCCGACAACGAGGAGGAUUUUGUUGGAAACAGCGGUCCCAUCGCCAAGUUCGUGCCAGAGGGCCCUGGAGGUACUCUAAUAUUCACGACAAGAUCUCGCCAGAUUGCCGUUGAGCAGGAGUGCGAGAGGAUCAAUGUCGGGAAGAUGGAGAAGGAGGAAGCCCAAGUGUUAUUUUCCAAACACUUUGGUAGCUGGCGCAGGUUGAAAGAUGGGGAAGAAGAGGUUGUUGCAGCCAUCCUAGGUUCGGUUUAUCACUUGCCGCUGGCUGUCGUAGGUUCUGCGGCUUUCAUGGUCCAGACCGAAACAACACCCUUCCGGUACUGGACAAUUUUCCAGGAGAACGAUAAGCGAAUGAAGAAACUCCUGUUACAGAAGUUUAGCGACGCCCGACAAGAGGCCAAGACGCAAAAAAGUAUUUUGGGCACAUACUUCAUCACCUUUCGCCGAAUCGCGGAAUGGGUGCCGGCAGCGUGGCAUCUCCUCCGACUCAUUUCGUUCUUUGACCGUCAAAAUAUACCCGAGCGGCUCCUGCGAGACUGUAGUGUUGAAGGGAUGGAUGAUUCGAUUGAAUUUCGUCUGGCUAUUGGAAAACUAUUGGGAUUCUCAUUGGUUACCGCCGUCGAACGUGGAGACAAGAUAUUCUAUGAACUGCAUCGCUUGGUCCAGCUCUCUGUACAGGCCUAUUUAUCAGAAGAAUUGGAUAAAUGGAGUACCGCUGCGUUAGGAGUUAUUUACCGAGUUUUCCCUGAAUACGAUCACGAGUUGCGGGAUCUCUGCGAGGAAUACCUUCCGCACGCGCUUGCCGUAACCAAAGGUAGAACGGACGCUAUCACUGAAGACCUUUGUUUUCGCGUGGGAGAGUGUUUUCUAUAUUUGGGCUCUUACACCAAGGCAGAAGCGCAAGUCCUUCAAUGUAUCAGGCUUCGCAAGGAGCAUAAAGAGCAAGGCUGGGGUAUGGAUCAUAAGAGAUCUAUACUCCUGGGGCGGGUGCUCGCGUGCCAAGGAAAGGCCAGUAAGGCAAAGGCGGUACUUGAGACCGCACUGGAGGAUCUGGGUCCAAAUAGUCCUGACCGCUUUGAGUGCUUAUCCUAUCUGGCAACUGUGAUGGGCGAGCUUGGAGAGUAUGAUGAAUCGGAGAGGAUGCAUCGCCGCGCACUGGAGGGGCUAGAGGAGAUUCAUGGACUAGACCACCUAGACACCCUAAUGAGUGUCAACAACUUGGCCGUCCUGCUCCAAUACCGAGGAAAGUACGAUGAAUCUGAGAGGAUGAAUCGGCGCGCACUAGAGGGGCGCAAGAAGGCGCUUCCACAAGACCACCCCCAGACUCUAUCAAGCCUCAGCAACCUGGCCGUCGUGCUACAGUGCAGAGGAAAGCUUGAUGAAUCAGAGACGAUGAGUCGACGUGCCCUAGAGCUAUCUAAAAAGACUCUUGCGCUAGAUCACCCGGACUCAUUAACCUGCGCCGGCAAACUAGCUUUUGUACUUCAGCGCCAAGGAAAGUACGAUGAAUCAGCGGAGCUCAAUCUGUCUGUACUGAGCGGGUGUGAGAAGAUCCUUGGACCAGCCCACCCUCACACUCUAACAACUGCCAAUAACCUGGCUAUCCUGCGGGGAUACCAGGGAAAGUAUGAUGAGUCAGAGGCACUGCAUCGGCAUGCUCUGGAGGGCCUCAAGAAGGUUUGUGGACCGAACCACCCGGAAACCCUAACAAAUCUCAACAACCUGGCCAUUGCGCUGCAGUACCAAGGGAAGUACGAUGAAUCGGAGAUGAUAAGUCGACGUGCACUUGAGGGACGCCAGAAUAUUCUCGGACCAGAGCACCCAGAUACCCUAACUAGUAUCAACAGCCUGGCGAUUGUGCUGGAAUGCAAGGGGAAAUACGAUGAAUCGGAAAAACUAAAUCGCCAUGCACUGGAGGUACGUGAGAGGGUUCUUGGAAAAGAUCACCCUGACACCUUAACAAGUGUCAACAACCUGGCCAUCCCGCUGCAGUUCAAAGAAAAUUACAACGAAUCAGAGAGGAUGACACGGCGUGCACUGGAGGGGCGUGAGAGGAUUUGGGGACGAGACCAUCCGGACACCCUCGCAAGUCUCAACAACCUGGCCAUUGUGCUGCAAUACCAGAGAAACUACGGUGAAUCAGAGAAGAUAAAUCGGGGCACACUGGAGGGGCGCGAGAAAAUUCUUGGACGACACCAUCCGGACACCCUCACAAGUCUCAACAACCUGGCUAUUGUGCUAGAUCUUCAAGGAAAGUACAAUGAAUCAGAGAUAAUGAAUCGGCGUGCACUGGAGCGGCGUGGGGAGAUUCUCGGAUCAGACCACCAAGACACCCUAGCAACUCUCAACAACCUAGCCUUUGUGCUGCGAUAUCAAGGAAAGUAUGAUGAAUCAGAGAUGAUGAAUAGGCAAGUAUUGGAGCGACGUAAGGAGACUCUCGGGCCUGACCACCUGGAUACCCUAACAAGUGCCAACAACCUAGCUGUUGUUCUGGAUUACCAAGGAAA